AGAGAUUCAGAGAAAGCUUGGAGGUGAAGAGAAACCAGCGAGAAUUGACGAGAGUUUUGGAAUUAAGAAGCCGAAAUCCUGAAUCAGCUUUUGUAAUAGGUCGUUUCAGCUGAAAUUCUCCUUCUCAUAUCUGUUUACAGGGCUUAUUUUAAGAUGUAUCUCAGUGAACUCUGCUCGCUUUGAUUCUUCACCACUAAGUUGUUUUCCAGAAAACUCUAAUGGGAACUCCUGACGAUUUUUUUAUCUGUCUUUGUUACUGAACCUGCCGAAUUACCCAAUGGAAUUCAAGGUUAUAGGGUAAUCACCCAGACCAAUAUGACCGAUGUCGAUAAGUAUAAAAGGCAUGUGAAUGUCGUUACCAAGCGUUAUAGUGACUUUGUGAGGUUGCGGGAUUAGCUUAGUGAAGAAUUCCCGCAAAUUACUAUUCCUCAGGCCCGCAAUGUAGUAGGAUUUAGUGCUAAGUCCAUUGAGAUGCAAUGUCGUGCUGUAGACGAUUUUCUAAAAUUCUUGGUUUCAACAAGUUCUUCUCUCUACAAUAGUGUAAGUUUAAAGAAAUUCUUGGUGGCGGAGACAGUGGCUGCGGCAGAUGAAGAGCAGUAUGGGAAGUGUGUUCCUCGAAUGGCAGCACGCUUAUCUACAGAUUUAGAAGAAAUCUUGAUUUUUGUCAACAAAAUGAAAGAACAAAAGAUGGCUGGCAACAUGGUUUUGCUUGAUGGUGGAAAUUCGCUGUUGCAUGACGCAACUCUAAAACUUGGGUCAACUUGCAGAGUAAGCGGAGUGCCCUCUAGUGAUGGUACAGACAAGGUGUCUUAUUUCUGCUCAAUAUCUGGAUUGGAAGAGCGGCUGCGGGAUAAAAUCAAGGAGGGUUUAAGGAGGGCUACAGGUCUCCAUGUAGAGCUGAGCAGAAAGGUCUAUGAAGGAGAGGUCACUAAGCUCCAGCGAAAUUAUAUCGAUGAUAGCAACAACACUAUUAGGAGUAUCAGCAUUGAUCUGGCAACUACCCAAGAAACAAGGGAGUUACUUUUGGGCGAACUUUAUUUCGAUGCUCUGGAAAAGGUUGAAGUUGAAGACUCCAUAGUCAUUGAUAUUCAGAGCGGAGCAGUUAAAAAUAAAGGCCCCGUCACUAAUACUUCUUCAAGAACCAACUCACCGGACGAACCAGACCUUGAGGCACCCAUCGCACGAGGCAAUAAUCCACAACCUGGAGGAAAGGUUCUUAAAGUGAUAAAGGCAGCCCAGAAUGUUUCACUUCAUGAUCUUGAUGAAGCAAUUACUACACAGAGGAAAGAUGAAGGUAUCUAUUCUUUUCUGAUCAGUCAGAAAGUAUCAGCAGCCAAUAUCGACGAGGUUGUGAAUAAUCUUGUUAACGAAGGAUUGGCAAAGCGUAAGUAUGGAAUAUUACAGAUUUCCGAGGCACAAAUGCUGGAUUUUGAAUGUUUUUCCCUCAUAAAUAAUGCUUUGGAGACCUCGUUUCUGUCAGUGUUUUUAAGUGCUGCUCGAGGAAUGUGUGGAUUUAGGGGAUCAGAAAUAUUUAUCCCUACUAAAAUACCUGGUGUAAUUUUUCCUCGUAUGAUUAUAAUUCGAGCACCAAAUAACGAGGAUGCCUUCAGAAUGGCAACUCUUUUUUGGUAUAGCAAUGAGAGACAAAAACUAGUCACUCCCGUUGUUGAUAGGUUAAAGCGGAAAGAUAUGAUUAAUUGUGUUGUUCUACUCGCUGGACCUCUUCAAACUGGAAAAUCUGAGUUGGCAUAUCAAAUAUCCAAGAAACUUGGAAGUGAGGAUCUCUUUUUCCCAAUGAUUGAAUCAGAUGAAUACCCAGUGGCUGAGCUAAAAAAGAUCUUGAAGGAUACUAUUUGCCGAGCUGUCAGUCUAAAGAUGAGAAAAAACAAGAAGGUGUACGAAGGAGAGGUCGUUGAAAUCUCAUCAAAAGCAACUGGGAGUAGCAGUGGUAUCAAUUGGCAAACUACUUGUGACAUUGCGAUUGGUUUAAACACAGAUGCAAAGGAACAGCAUGUCGAGCUCGGUGAACAACUUUCAAAAGCUAUUAUAAAAGAACAGGUAGCCAUUGGAGAUGUUAUUUGCAUUGAUUUCUAUAACAAAGUGGUGACAAGGAUUGGUAGAAGUCCCACUUUUUCAGAAGAAAAAGAUCAUGGGAAAAAUGUAUACGUGGCCCUUCCAAAAGGGGAGAUUCUUAAGGAGGGAACAUCCAGGAUAUAACUAUUUACGAUCUCUAUAAGACUGAAAGACGAGGACAUAGUAUAUGUAAGCGAGUGAGAAAGGAAAUGAAGCCAAAAGAAUCCAUAAGAGAUGAUGCUAUAAACAAGGCUAUUGAAAGUUUAGUAAAACAAAAAGUGGUACAACCACAACGAGGGGUUUUAUUCAUCGAUCAGGUGGACAGCUUGGACGAAAAGAUCCUUUCCUUCAUUAGCAAGAUCAUGAAGGAAUCAGAAAAUGUCUUUCCAGUAUUAAUGUUCUCCACGGAGAAGGAUAUAAGUGAACUUAAGUAUUGUUUGUCACUGGCAUUUAUUACCAAAACUAGGUGAAAAUUGUGAUACUAAUUUUGAAUGGUUAAAUUUGAUAUUUUUGCAGUUUAACUGGCAUGCCCAAGGACAUAUUGGAACAUAUGGUUAUUGUACAUACUCAAGCAUGUGGGCUGCCAGAAAAUUCGAUAAAGGAAUUAGAACCAAGGACUCUGUGUACUGUUCCUGCAUUAGAAAAGGAGGUUAAGUUCAUAGAUGCCUUCCAACUUGUAAACGCAUCUUUCGGUGCCGGUGCAAUAGCAAGUAUAGUUCUUGCUGCUGCAAACUCAGACACUCCACCACAUACAUUUGGCUUUCUGAUCGGUGCGUUUGUAUGUUGCAAUUCAUCUUUGCUUCAUUAUCUAUGUGUGGCUUUCGACUUACAAAGUUCAAUUAAAGAACCCAAAGACUCUAAGUCUACCAAGGAGAUCUGGAUAGACAGAUCAAAGGUGAAGGUGCUUAGACGGCAGAUCUUCUUUGGCUUUUUUGCUGGAACUUCGGGUGUUGGAUGGGUCAUAGCAUCUCUGGUAGCAUAUAUUUUAAAAAAAUUUAAUAAUCCGACUUGGAUGUUUGUUGCAUUGUUGGUUGUACUUGGUGGUAGCUAUGUAUGGUUUGUGAAAAAAAUCUGGAAGCAACUAACAGCUAUGUGGUGCUGUGAGGAACAAAGAACACUUUGAGAAUUGAAUGCGAAGUCUAUAUUUCCAGCAGCAGUAGAUAAUGCCAGCGGUUACAUAAAGGUGGCUGAUAGGGUGCAGUUAUGAGGACAUGGCAGGUGAAUUUUGUUUUUCAGAGAAUUGAGUAUACCAUGUUUGGUUCCUGUUGAAGGAGGAAAUGAUGCUAAAUAAGUCUGGACUCUGGUGGUUUUGGUGCUCUUCAUUGGGAUCACAAGGGAGAUGUUUUAUGUGCUGCUACUUUUGAAAAUCUCUUUCUGUAUUUUGAUUAAAAAUAUUGUUUGUUUGUUUGUUUGUGUCAUUUGAUUUUGUUACUGUAACUCUUCAUCUGUGUUGGGUGCACUUCUGGAAAUCAGUAUACAAAAUUUGGCUGAA